ACCGGAUGUUGACUUUUUUCGUAUUUCCCGCGAAAGCGAGGCGAAUGGAAAAUAAGAAAAUUUAUUCCUGUUAUCAGAUGGAUUGAUAUGCUGGCUUUUGGAUCUUUGCUGAAUAUCAGACAUGUCAUCCCCUUCAGUUCUCCUUGGUGGCCGCAGAAAUGCUAAACGAAAAACACUGGAUAAUUCGGAACAAGCAGCAGAUCCAGCCUAUAAAAAUAUCCGCCGCUGUCCUCACAGUGGGUGUCCUACCAAAGUCCCAAUCUGUUUUGCUGGUGCUACAGAGAGGUGUGCUGGGAGUGGCUACACAUCGCGCUGGUACCACACAAGUGCAGCGGAACACUACUGCAACGAGUGCUUUGAACAUUACUACAGAUGCCAUAAAGAUGGUUAUGAGGUGUACCUUGCUUGGAAGAAACUCUGGAGUACACACGGUACAACAGAUGCCAGUAUUCGGAUGUUUAUGACUAACAGCGUUCUGCCGUUCUGGGUCCAAUGUACUGAUUGUCACAAAUGGAGGCAGUGGUCCAAAAGCUCAACACCUAUCCCAGAAUUCCUCAAAAAUUAUGUCUGUGGGACAAUGGCCUCUGGAAAAAAAUCAAAAUUGGAAAAUCCCUGUGAUGUUCCUGAGGAUCAGAGAGUGGGGUUGACCCGAGAUCCUUCAUGGACCCAUCUGAUGAGCAGUCUGUCCUAUAUGAAGAAUUCUCCUGCCUGGCCCUACCUCACUUCCUAUUUCCCGGACAAAUUAGGCAUGUGUCCAUCAGACCAUGAAGUGUUCAAGGAAAGGAAAACUCCAGUAAUGCACCAGUAUCUGAUGCCUUUUGUGGAGGCUGAUAGUCCCGAGAUAGCAAGCAGUGUGGCUCCAGAUGUCAUGGAGGAGCUGGAGAUGGAUGAGUUUCCGGAAUAUUCAACUAUACCCUCUAUGUAUCUAGCAAUUAGAAAUAUUUGUUUAACCCUUUGGAACUUAAAUUUUAAGCAAUGGUUAACAAAGGAGUGGUGUGCUACACAAAUCAUUUGUCGGGGUUUGGGUAGGUUGAUGUAUAUUGAGAGUUUGGACAAAAUCUUGUGGUACCUUACCAGACGAGGACUGAUCAACGUGGGAUUACUGAACAUACCCAAGUCUCCACAAUCUACGUAUAUAUCCAACAAAUUUAUUAAACCGAAUUUAUCUGUGAUAGUGAUAGGAGCUGGCACUGCUGGACUCACUGCAGCAAAACAGCUUCAGGGAUUAGGGGUCAAGGUGACCAUUUUAGAGGCCAGGUCAGAAAUAGGUGGACGUGUCUGUGAUGAUGAGUCAUUGGGUGUGUGUGUUGCGAAGGGAGCUCAAAUACUGAAUGGAGCAGUCAAUAACCCAAUAACCAUUAUUUGUGAGCAGGCUGGUAUACCAGUGAUGAAGCUGUCGGACAGGUGCAAGUUAAUCAGUGAGAAGGGCGAGGUAGUGGACCAGCAGAUUGACAGCAGAAUGGACUUUCAUUUUAAUGCUAUACUAGAUAUCAUAGCAGAGUGGAGGAAGGGCAGGGAACUAGAUCAAGAUGCCAGUUUAUUGACAAAGUUAAAAGAAAUGCACCAACAAUUUUUAGAUGAAUCUCAACUUUCAUUCACGUCAGAGGAGGAGUCCUUGAUGAACUUCCACAUAUGUAAUCUGGAAUAUGCCUGUGGAGAUAAUCUAAAGAAUGUAUCAGCUAUCCACUGGGAUCAAAAUGAGGAUUACCCACAAUUCAGUGGUGACAACCUUGUCAUCUGUGAUGGGUACUCCAGGGUGUUAUCCAAGCUGGCAGAGGGGUUGGAUAUCGAAUUCGAGACACGGGUUAUGAAAGUAGAUUAUAGUGAAGAGACAAUAACUGUGUUCUCAGAAAGUGGAAAACAGUGGAAAGCAGACAAGGUUCUGGUAACACUUCCUCUGGCUGUUUUACAAGAAGGUGACUUAGAGUUUGUCCCCACUCUGCCGGAGUGGAAGUCAAAGGCAAUGAUGUCAUUAGGAGUUGGAAAGGUAGAAAAGAUUAUAUUAAGAUUUUCAAGACCAUUUUGGAGGAACAAGGUUAAAGACUGCAAAGCGUUUGGUCACAUUCCAGAAGAUUUAGAUAAUAGGGGAUACUUUAAUGUUUUCUAUGACUUUUCUACAGAAGAGGUAGAGAAGAUGUACUUGCUGGUGACUCACUUAACAGGAAAUGCCCUGAAACUUAGGGAUAGGCUAGACAGGGAUAUUGUGGCUGCCUGCAUGGAAGUUCUAAAAAUGCUAUUUCCAGAAGAGACAGUUCCAAAGCCACUGGAUUAUUUUAUAACAAAAUGGACAAAAGACCCCUUGUCUAAGAUGUCGUAUAGCUACAUACCUAUAGGUGUGGAUGGGGACGCCUAUGACAUCAUGUCACAAGAUGUGGCAUCGAAAGUUUUCUUUGCAGGAGAGGCUACAAACCGCCAAUUCCCACAAUCUGUUACCGGAGCCUACAUGAGUGGUGUAAGAGAGGCCCACAAAAUCUUCUCGGUGCUAGUGGAGGACGAUACAUGAAACGUCCAGAAGAAAAGAGAGUUUUAAUGUUGCACAUUUCUUGCAAAUUUUACUGUAAAGUUUGACAGUGCAUCAGAACUUUACAUUACCUCAAAAAUGCCAAACAAUUAAUUCCUGUUGAAGCUGUGUUUGUGGGAUCCUGUGUAUCUCAGAUUCCUGUUGAAGCUGUGUUUGUGGGAUCCUGUGUAUCUCAGAUUCCUGUUGAAGCUGUGUUUGUGGGAUCCUGUGUAUCUCAGAUUUCUCUGUUUGAACAAAGUACUGUACAUAACAAACAAAACUCUGGCAAUAAAGAAAUCUCUAUAUAUA